AUGAUGGACGUGGCGACAGCAUCCAGAGGACCAAGGGUUCGGCCCUCUGCAGAGCCCUCGGACCAGGAGAUAUACCAACGGUUCCGCAGCUUCUUGGAUGGCGGGCCGAGGAUUGUCAUUCCGGAUGAUGAGCGAUCACAUGUGCAGGAUGCAGGAACAGUUGUCGGCAAAGCUGCUUCCGACAAAGCCCUCGGAAAAGUACAUGGAAUAGUGUCAUGCCUUCAGGACAAUGCCUUCGGGCUGCGGGAAGCUAAGACCUGGAUGCUUUCCAUUUGUGCCGGAAAUUCUGCCAAGGUUCGAGCGUGCCGACUGAUGCAACAUAUCAAGCGCCUCUCGGGAGAAAUAAAACCCAUGUACUAUUUCAUUAUUACUUUUAAGACAAGGAUGGUCAAAGUAAUAAGAGAGUUCAGAUAUAUUCUGUUUUCGAAUUCUAUUGACUUUGGUUCACUUAUCUCAAGGUUACGAAAAGGCGAAAGUCCCCACCUCCUUCCGGCAGCUCGCCCCACAGUCUUUUGA